UGUUGAACUCAAAAUCCAGGAAACAAGAGGUAGGUCCACUAGCAGACAGGUGGCGGACAGCGUUAGCGAGCCGUGAUUGUUGCCAGAAUGGUGCACAAUAACCAUGUGCGUGUCCCUGAUGCACAAGGGGAGGGUACAAAACAAGGGUGAAUAAAUAUAUAUACAGUGGUCCGACUCAUAUUUCUGAACUCUUGCUAUCACUUUUGUCAAACAAGCAUUGCUCAGGCGCUCUUGACUCUUUGUGGGGUGUAUUUUGCUUCUUUUGCUUUUGCCUGCUUCACCUGCCCCAUAGUUGGGUGAAUCCAAACGAGUUAUCACUAUUUGACAGACUUACAAGCCGUGCUUCUGUGCAAAAUAGAAGGACGGAAACCCACCACUUCCCAAGGACAAGCACCAGUCGAACCUCGAGUUUGCACUCGCAUUUCAUCCUGAAACCAGAGAGCAUUCUUAGCCAUCGAUAUGUUGUCGGACUCGAUAGUGGUCCUGAUCUGUAUUAUUGGGGCGGGCGGCAUCGUUUGCGUUGGCCUUGCGUUCCAAAGGCUAUGGGGCAAGGAUGAUGGAGUCAAAGGGUUCAAGAACGUUUCAAAAUCGCAAGAACAAUAUAUGAGGGAAGUGCGCCAAAGGAACCAACUGGAAGCGUUCGGCGAUGCUAGGCAGGCCCGCAACCGCCCUCACCCCCAAGCCAUCUGAGCGAAACAACGUUAUGGACGCUAGGUCUGAUGAUGGAUCUAUCCUCGCCUGACGCGAGGCAGGCCCAGUCAGACAUACAAGGGAUACACGAGCAGUAUGAUACUGAACGCGCCACGGUGUUGAGCCCCUGGGAGCCUGUCGCUGGGGAAGAGGUGGGAACGUGCCUCUCCAAUGGACAGCGUUUUGGUAUAUCUACCUUCCAUCAUGCAAACGGGGAGCUGAGACAGUGCCGACAAGUCAACGGAGUCGGGAGCAAAUGGAGAAACUGGACUGGAGGAGUCCAGAUACGAGCCUGCGACAGCCAACAGCCAACAAACCACUGCUGUUCGCCGAAGAUGCAAUAUACACAAUGCCAGAUAUCGCAUUGGGCAACACAGAGCAACGUUCGCGUUGAGGGCUUUGGGACGGCUAAGCAGGUAUCGAGUAGCAUCAACGGAAGAGAGUUCUGGGUUACUAGUAAUGUAAAGAUCAACAAUUUACUGGGUGCAUAAUGUGGCAGGAGCGAAGCUAGAAGCCACCUGCAGUCAAGGCACGUUUCGUGAAGACAGGUCCUUUUCGACUCAAAACCCGGGGCUCCAUGCAGUGGUUGGAUGUCAGUAGUAGAAAUAGACCAAUCCUUCCUGCCUGACAUGGGUGCGAGCUGCGAAGGGGCAUCGCUUCCGGCUUGUCAUCGACUCGCAUAGAUUCAUUGGUGAGAACAAUUUGAGCAGAUGAGGGAC